UGUCUAUUCACCUCCAUUGUUGCAUUAUUUAUUUGUAAUUACCAUCAGAUUCUUCUCUUUUACCCUUCUUCCUCGUCAUGCGUAUUAUCAUCAAAGGAGGUGUUUGGAAGAACACCGAGGACGAGAUCCUCAAGGCUGCUGUCAGCAAGUAUGGAAAGAAUCAAUGGUCUCGAAUUUCGUCUUUGCUGGUCCGAAAGACUGCUAGUCAAUGCAAAGCAAGAUGGAUGGAAUGGCUUGACCCCAGCAUCCGUAAGACUGAAUGGUCAAAGGAAGAAGAUGAACGCUUGCUGCAUCUUGCAAAAUUAAUGCCAACACAAUGGAGAACAAUCGCACCCAUUGUUGGACGAACAGCAUCCCAAUGUCUUGAACGAUACCAAAAACUCUUGGACGAUGCAGAACAGCAGGCAGAGUCAGAACUGGGAUUAACAGGUGUACAAGGAGGCGACUCUGGGCCUAGUGCAGAUGAUGUCCGGAGGUUGAGGCCUGGAGAGAUUGAUCCAGACCCAGAGACAAAGCCUGCGAGACCUGAUCCUGUCGAUAUGGACGAAGAUGAAAAGGAGAUGCUGUCAGAGGCACGCGCUCGUUUAGCAAAUACUCAAGGCAAAAAAGCAAAGAGGAAAGCCCGUGAAAGACAGUUGGAAGAAGCUCGACGACUAGCAACACUACAAAAGAAGCGUGAGCUUAAAGCAGCAGGCAUUGAGCUUAAAUCGAGGAAAAAGAAAAAGGGCAUAGAUUACAAUGCUGAUAUUCCAUUUGAGGCAAAACCUGCACCAGGAUUCUACGAUACCACUGAAGAGUUGAAACGCGAAUCAACAAAAAGGCUGACUAAUGUUCGUCUAGAGCAACUAGAUGGUAAACGUAGGGCUGAUGUUGAAGAAGAGGAGCGCAAAAAAGACGCAAAACGUGCGAAGCUGAAGAAGGAGUCAGGAGAAGCUCAAGUAGCUCAGAGCCAAGCUCAGCUUAGGAAGCUUCAAGAAGCAGAGCAGGAUGGCAUCUUGCGCCGCAAAAAGUUGGUUCUUCCAGCGCCUCACGUUGGAGAAGCAGAACUGGAGGAGAUUUUGAAAAUUGGAAGCACUGCCGAGGACGCUAAGGCGCUUGCAGAUGAGAGCGAGAUUGAGGCUACAAAAAACCUAGUCGGGACGUAUAAAUCGGCUGGAGCCAACUUGCCCACUCGUACUCCUCGUGCUGCAGCCACGGAAGAUGCACUCAAAAUCGAAGCCAGGAAUCAGCGGGCCAUGUUGCUUCAGCAGACUCCACUUUUGGGAGGAGAAACACCACAAUAUGUAGGAGGUACUGGAUAUGAUGGUGUCACGCCUCGACAGACAGUUUUGCAGACACCUAAUCCAUAUGCUCCAACACCCCGUGCAAGUGCAGGUGUUGGACCUGGAGCUACUCCAUUAAGGACCCCUCUUCGCGAUCAGUUGAAUAUCAAUCGCUCUGACGAUAACAUUGUACAGUCGACUCCUCGAGAAGAAAAGUUGCGCAAAGCUGGUGCGAAGAAUCAUUUGCUUGCAGGACUUCAGAGUCUACCUGCGCCAACAAAUAAGUUUACUUUGAUCAUGCCUGAUGAACUUGAGGCGGAUGGUGGAGAAAAGGCCAUAGAAGAAGAUGCAGCCGAAAUUGCUAAGCGCAGAAAGGAAGCUUUUGAAGCCGAAGAGCGUGCUCGUUUGUUGCGUAGAAGCCAAGCGGUUCAGAAGGAUCUGCCUCGUCCUACAGUAUUUCGGCCUGCUGCAGAUGCUUCAUCAACAGUGCCUGCGAGUAGCCCGUUUUCAGAAGCAGAUCGGCUGAUUCAGGAGGAACUUGCACUUCUUAUAACGCAUGACGCGGUGGCUUAUCCACCUGUAGGAUCCAAGGUUGCAGGAAGCACGCAAAAAGCAAUUCCAUUAGAGGAUUUGUCAGAUGAAUAUCUGGCUCUAGCCAGAAAUGAAGUUGAACAAGAGCUGUCAGGACCUGAGGCCAAAGAAAAGUAUGAAGCAUUCUCAACAGAAUUCAAUCAGGUCUGGGAGGAGAUUCAGCAAGAGAUCAAAGAGCAUCAACAGACGGGGCUUGCCGUCCAAUUUUCUAACAAGCGUGCACUCAUGGUAAAACAAGCAACAAAAGCCGAAAAGCUGGAGAAGCGACUUGGGGUUACUCUUGGAGGAUUACAGGCACGAUCACAGGCAUUAGCCGCACAACUGUUGACAGCACACGAGGAUCUUCUGAGCUCCGAGCUGGAGCUGUCAAGCUUCAAAAAUCUUCGGAUUAUGGAGGAAGCAGCGGUUGCAACAAGGCUUGAGGCAUUGAACAAGGAAGUAGCACAUCUGACGAGUCGAGAGUCGUUCUUGCAACAAAAGUGGGAUGGCUUAAAUCGUGAGAAACAGGAUGUUAUUGAGCGAAUUAAUAAUCUUUCGAAACGAGCCUCCUCAGAUGAUCAAGGGGAAGGAGAGGAAAUAAAAGCCGGGCCUUGAACUCUAGUUUACUUAAUUCCGAUAAAUCACGUAAUAAUACACACACCGAGC